AUGAGCAGAGACAACAAAUGCCAGGAGCGCAGUAUUGGAAUUACCAACGAUGGAACCGGCUACCCCAUCUGCGUCACUUACGAUUCUGACACGGUCUUCUAUAAUCAAGACAUUCCCGAUGCUGAGGGAGGAAUCAUCGUCAAGUUCCCCGCAAACACGGAUCUGCCGGGCUGCGGAUACAUGAUAGCCAGCUUCAGCCAGCCGGCUUGCGCCGUCCUCGAACUGGAGAAGGCCUUCAUGCUCCAGUUCAGCUGCGGCACCGGCGACUGCUCGGCGGCCGGAGCCGAGAAGGCCCGCCGCUCCGCCCAAUUUGGAGGCAAGCAAGGCUGGAGCGAGUUGCUCGAUCUCGAUGCCGCCAGCAUUGGCAUGUACAGUCUCAUCCUCCGCAACGCCAACGGCACCGAGAUCACUCCAGCUCAGAUUGGCUCUGCUCAGGUGUCUAACAGCGCCAGCCACCCAGUCCUUCUGGCCCCUCAACUAGAGGCCUCAAAUUCAAGCGCAGCUGCGAGUGGGAACUUCUCGAAAGCCGAUGAGGGCAGGUCAGAGUACACCCGUCCUGCUGACGCGCCACAAAUUAUCAGACGCACACAGUCUCUGGACGGGGGCAUGUACUGCGUGACGCAAAGCAGAUUUACCAAGUAG